CAGCCAGCUUCGUUAUCCCCCUUUCCCUCUGUACAGAUACAAAUCGCUUGCAUCAUCGUGACCGUGCACUUUAUUGGCCUUGUUAAAUAGAUUAGGAGUGUACGUCGUGUUUGUCGUUGGGAAAGCUUUCACCUCGAGAGUUUGAUCAUGGAGAUUUUGGACAUUCUCCCUGCCAAUUUCGGCUAUGUGAUCCUAACUUACUUCUACAGCUGGGUCAUGUUGACUUACCUCGGCGUGAACGUCGGCCGGGCGCGGAAGAAGUAUGACGUCAAGUACCCCACUAUGUACAGCACUAAGGACGACGUGUUUAACUGCAUCCAGAGAGCUCAUCAGAACACCCUAGAGGUUUAUCCACAGUGGCUGGUAUUCCAGACCAUUGCUUCACUGGUAUAUCCUACGGCUGCCGCUGUUCUGGGGGUUAUUUGGGUGACCAGCAGGUUCUCCUAUGCCUGGGGUUACUACACUGGCGACCCAGCCAAGAGGAUGAUCGGGGCAUAUGGCUACAUUGGCCUUUUCGGAUUGAUCUUCCUGUCAAUGUCUGUGGCACUGCAACUGCUUGGAGUCAUUUAAGAGCGUAUAAAUAAGCUCUUCUCUCGUAUAUAACACUGACCAAGUUCUCUUUAAAAAACAUUUUGUUAUAUCCUGUUAAUAAUUUUCACAAGUAUUCAUUGUCAUUUAUCUGUAAUCCCAAGAUACAUUGUUCCAUAUCCUUGACCAUAAUAUGCACAUAUAUGCAUGCAGUAAAUGUUUUUUUGUAGAACUGUGAACACUCAUUUCUAUAGCAUUAGCCAUGGCAUUGGUAUUUCUAUUAUAAAUAUACAGUGAAACGAACUUUCACUGUAAACUAAAUAUAUAUAUUUUGUAACUUUCAUGUGCCUUGAAUUUCAGCUGGAAUCAUAAUCAGAAUAAAAUACAUUCAUAUUUUAAA